AUGACAGUAAAUAGAGUUGAGAUUAGAGCUUUAGAAGAGAAUGAGGAACUGAGAACUUUGGAUCGGCUUGUAAGACAUUCCAUGAACUUGGAUUUUCCGGAACGUCUUAUGGAUGACAAAAGGCACCCUUCAUAUGAAGACAAGAAGUUCUUGACAAAGGUUGAGGAGAGUAUAAGACUAGAAAGUGGGCAUUACACUAUUGCACUGCCAUUGAGAAGAGAAAUAACACAGCUGCCAAGUAAUCACAGCCAAGCAUUCAAAAGACUGAUGAAUUUGAAACACAAGAUGGAAAGGAAUAGUAACUUCUUGAAGGACUACAGAGACUUCAUGGACAAGAUAGUAGCUAAGGGGUAUGCUGAGAGAGUACCGGACCAUGAGUUAGAGAGAGAUGAUGGGAGAGUGUGGUUUAUUCCUCAUCACGGGGUCUAUCACCCCCACAAACCAAACAAGAUUCGCGUCGUGUUUGACUGCACAGCCAUGCACCAGGGAGUAUCAUUGAAUAGCCUAUUGUUGCAGGGACCAGAUCUGACAAACCGCCUCAUAGCAGUCUUAUUACGCUUCAGACAGGAGCCAGUAGCAGUAAUGGGAGACAUUGAAUCAAUGUUUUACCAAGUACAGGUACCCAAAGAAGACUGGGACCUUCUCAGAUUCUACUGGUGGGAGAAAGGAGACUUGAGCACUGAACCCAUAGUGUAUCGUAUGUGUGUACACCUGUUUGGAGCUGUCUCGUCACCCAGCUGUGCAACUGCUGCUUUACGUCAAACCGCCAAGGAUAAUAGAUCUACGUUUACACUACGUGUUACUGAAGUUGUCAACAAAUCCUUUUAUGUGGAUGACUGCUUGAAGUCAGUUGAGAAUGAGAACAAGGCGAUGGAACUCAUUGAUGACGUGAGUGCAUUGUGUGCUAAGGGAGGAUUCCAUGUCACCAAGUGGGUGAGCAAUAGCCCUACGGUUAUACAUAGCAUUCCUGUUAACGAGCGGGCUGGUAGUGUCAAGGCUCUGGACUUGAAGAAUGAAGAAUUACCAGAAGAAAGGGCACUGGGUGUGCUCUGGUCAGUACAAAAGGACUGUUUCAAAUUCGACAUUCAAGUGAAAGCCAAGUCACCGACAAGACGAGGUAUUCUAAGUAUUGUUAGCUCAGUCUAUGAUCCCCUGGGUUAUGCCUCGCCAUAUGUUCUCGUCGCGAAGAUUCUUCUGCAGCAAUUAUGUAAAGAAAACCUUGGGUGGGAUCAAGAGAUCUCAUACCGUGACCAGAAAACAUGGCAACAGUGGAUAGACGGAUUGAGCAAGUUGAAAAAACAUUGA